AUGGGUCGAGUGAUCCGCAACCAGAGGAAGGGUCGUGGAUCCAUCUUCACGGCCCAUACUCGCCUGAAUAAGGCCCCAGCGCAAUUCCGAACCCUUGAUUUCGCAGAAAAGCAUGGAUACAUCCGAGGCGUCGUCAAAGACAUCAUUCACGAUCCUGGCCGAGGGGCACCACUGGCCAAAGUGCAAUUCCGUGACCCCUACCGCUUCAAACUCCAUACAGAAACGUUCAUCGCCAACGAGGGCAUGUACACCGGGCAAUUUAUCUAUGCUGGCAAGAAGGCUACUCUCACCGUUGGAAACGUCCUGCCCUUGGGCUCCGUACCCGAAGGUACAGUGGUGACGAAUGUGGAGGAGAAGAUGGGCGAUCGUGGUGUCUUGGGGCGGACAUCGGGAAAUUACGUUACGGUCAUCGGCCACAAUCCUGAUGAGGGAAAGACGAGAGUCAAGCUACCCAGUGGUGCAAAGAAGGUCAUCAAGAGCAGCGCGAGGGGCAUGAUUGGCAUUGUGGCAGGAGGUGGACGAACAGACAAACCACUGUUGAAGGCCUCCCGUGCCAAGCAUAAGUUCGCUGUGAAGCGCAACUCGUGGCCCAAGACUCGUGGUGUUGCCAUGAACCCAGUCGACCAUCCUCACGGAGGCGGUAAUCAUCAACAUAUUGGUAAAGCGUCGACGAUUUCACGGUAUGCAGCACAGGGUCAAAAAGCAGGUCUCAUUGCAGCUAGGCGGACGGGAUUACUACGAGGCACGCAGAAAACCAAAGAUUAA